CCUCCCAUCGCUCUGUUACUGACCGCGGGAGCGCGCAGUGGACCGCUCGUCCUCUCAGUCACUUGCAAGAGGGAAACAGCCUCCGGAACGCACCGCAUCAUCCUACAGAGAGAAAACAUGUUUCCUCCACCGCCAACCUUCACCGUUAUCACCGUGGAGAAAAGUCCCAUUAAAGGAUUUACUAUGGAAGACGUUAGUUGUUUCGACCACUAAUCUGUGUUAAAAAGAGGAUAUAAUCCAAGGUACCCUGUUAGGAAAACUGCCCGGAUUGGGAAUUAAUAUCGGACAGUUGGUGAAAAUGGCGUCAUGGCGGCUGGUCAGUCUCCUGGCGGUGUGGACUCUUGUGUUGGUUCUGGCUCAGUGUUGCCCAGAGCCCUGUAGCUGUCUGGAUAAAUACUCCCACCAGUUCGCUGACUGUGCCUACAAAGACCUGCUGUUAGUUCCUGUAGGCCUCCCCUUCAACGUCACCACCCUCUCUCUCUCCGCCAACAAGAUCAAACUCCUGAAGGCCAAGAGUUUUAUUAACGUCACCCAGGUGACCUCCCUAUGGCUGGCCCACAAUGAGAUCGUGACCAUGGAGAGGGACACUCUGGCCCCGCUGAUUCAGCUGCGCAACCUGGACCUCAGCUACAAUAAGAUCAUCAACUUCCCCUGGGAGGACCUGGCCAACCUCACUGCCCUUCAGCUGCUCAAGAUGAACAACAACGAGAUGAUCAAACUCCCUAAGGAUUCCUUCUCCACUCUCAAAGACCUGAGGUCCCUGAGGAUCAACAACAACAGGUUCACUACCAUUGUCCAGGGGACCUUCAGCUCUCUGAGCUCCAUGUCUCACCUUCAGAUCUACAACAACCCCUUCACCUGCUCCUGCAGUCUGGAGUGGCUGAGAGACUGGAUCACGGAGUCUAAGAUCUCUGUCCCAGAGCAGGACUCUAUCAUCUGCGAGGCCCCUGAACAUCUGAAAGGGGCCCUGGUGACCAAGAUGCCCAAGCUGGAAUGCAAGGCCCCGACGGUGUCCAUCACCUAUCAGCCCAACCUGGAAAACACUGAGCUAUAUGAAGGGUUUAUGGUGAUCCUCAAUUGUGAUACCAAGGGCAACCCCAAACCAGAGGUCAGCUGGGAGGUAGUGAAGGCAGGGAACCAGAAGUUCACAUUCAGUUUGCCCUCUGAGGUCAGCGAGAAAAGCGACUCACCAAUCAACGAUAAAACUACCAACGGCCGGUUCCUGGUCUUCCAGAACGGCACUCUGAUCAUCCCCCGUAUCAGCAAGAAGGAGGACGGGAACUACAGCUGCUCAGCUGUCAACGACCUCGGUAAAGCAGACAGCACAGUGAAGGUAGUGGUGGCAGGCACCAAGAAACAAGCCAUUAACUCCAUGCUGGACACCACAGCAGAUAAGAUCCUCCGUCCGUCUGGUGGAAACAAGCCAGGGCCUAAGAUGACCAACAACAUCAUCAACUGGCCCAAGUCCGACUCUGAGAAGACCAAGAACGUUCCAACUGGGUCGUCUGUUAAACACGCUGGUGGCUCAGUGCAGGCUGGCGAGGGCUCAGAGGAGCUUCCAUUUACCAGUAAAUGUGGCAUCAGCGAUGGCACUCAGUACAUCUCCAAUCACGCAUUCAACCUCAGUCUGGACCAGCUGAAGCAGUACACCUUUGACUUCGGCGUCAUCGCGUUGGAAGUGUCAGAGACCGAAGCCAAAGUGCAGCUGAAUCCUCUCCAGCUCCCCAACAGUAAGAACAACCUUCACCUCAGCCACAAUGAGAACCUAGAGACCGUCGACAAAGAGCCGUUCAGCCUCUAUCAAGCCUCAACCAAAACCCCUCUGGACAUGCUCUAUCUGUGUUUUAACACUGGUAACGGACACUCUGUGGUGCAGUGGUCCCGGAUAGAGGAAGGGAUCAACACCUAUAAGUUUCAGAGCCUACAACCAGGCACUAACUACACCCUGUGUCUGACCUACGGAGGGCAGGACUGUCAGGUCCAAGUUGUCUUCACAACCAGGAAGAAGAUUCCUUCUCUGUUAAUCAUAGUGGUGGUUAGUACCUUCCUGUUGGCGCUGGCUACAGUCCCUCUGCUGGGAGCAACCUGCUGUCAUCUCUUAUACAAGUACCAGGGAAAGACGUAUAAACUGAUCAUGAAGGCGGCGCAGAAGAACCCAGAUCAAAUGGACAAACAAAUGGUCGGUGGUGAUUUCGACCCCCGGGCGUCGUUUGUCGAGUUGGAAAAGAAUUUUAACCCGAGUGAAAUGGAAGACGGAGAGGGAGAGGACGGAGAGGACGCCGAUGGGGAGGAGGUGGAGGGGAGCAUGGUUACCGAGUCCAUCCCAGGUUCUACGUCUAAAUUCGAGGUGGGCUCUGAGUACAGCGAUAGAUUACCGUUGGGGGCGGAGGCGGUGAAUAUCUCUGAAGAUGGAAACGGUAAUUACAAAGAGCCGAGUCGCUGAGCAGAGCUGUGUGAUGCUACUGGGGGGGGGGGGGGGGGGGGGGGGGGGGGGGGGAGGGGGGGGGGAGGGGGGUAAAAUAGUUACUAUCAACUACAUUUUAAACCAAGUAACUCACCUAUCAUUAUUUCACGUAAAUAUGAUAGCCCCGAUGAAGGUGGAUAGCUCAUUUUACCUCAGAAAGUAAGCGAUCAGUUAUAACCCAAAUAAGAGACUGGCUAAAGGAAAAGUUGUGCAGUAAAAACAAUGGUAUUGUAUAUAUCAAACUUACAACAUUCCUCUUACAGUAACAAUACUGCAAGCACAGUUUUUUACAGUUAAAACAGACCUCUGCUAACUGCUAAAAAGCAUAAGUCAUUGAGAUGUCCCCUUCAUGCAGGGCGUAGGCUAGCCGAAAAAGUUGUGCGCUUUACGUGAGCAUCAGUUUCGGAAGGUUGCGGUGCUGUACAGUACAGGCGCGCGUCUCAACGCGUCCGCCUCGUUGCGUACACAGACCGUUAUUUUAAUUGUUCUGUGAGAUUAUGAAAAAAGGGGGAAAAAAUCCCUUUAUGUUGUCAAGGCAUGUGCUGUGUCUGGGCUCAAACCCAGGUCACUAUCGACUGAUGUUGUUUAAUGUAAUGUGGGGCUCUUCGAGUUAAGUGUGACUUAAAAAAAAACAACAACGGGUGCUUGUUAUCCGUCUGUCUUUUUUUCAACGAUUCUAUACGUGUCCAUCCACGGCAUGUCACACAGACGACGUAUUUUCUUCAUGUGUGGUUUUAGACUAUAGGACUUUAGAUAUUCUCAAUGUCGACAUGUGAUGUAAAAACCCAGUAAAAUUGAACGAUUCUCUUUUUUUUAUUAUGAUCCCGUCUACAGUAUCAUUAACUGAGGCGUCAAGGAGCGUCUCGUUGCUGUGAGUGUCCUGUCGUUUUAUGCAUAGUGAGUUUUUUGGUGAGCUAUACUGUUCGGACGUUGUUGUACAAAUAUCCCCCGACCUUUCAAGAUUUUUGAUAUGAUUUUAUGUACGUGAAAUUAAUAAAAUAUCCCAAAACAAUUUUUUAAAUUCUCCUAUUUCCUGUCAUUGAGUCAGAAAACUGUUUUCAACUUCAUUUUAACUCGACGGGUUAAGAUGUGGUACUUGUAUGACUGACUAUACACUGCUGUGAAUUAAACAAUAAAAUUAUGUUUAUUUAGGGA